GAUUCAGAUAACAACACCGAGUGCAUGCAAUUAUGUGGCAUGGAAUGCCGUCCAUACUCAUGUUCUCACGGUCGGAACAAGACUAAGCGGUUUGAUACCUCGCAAAGCGUCACCAACCACGUUGAUCAGUCCAGCUCAUGGAUGUGUCCCCAGGCGCCGUUUCCGGUGGUGUGAUGUUGGGUCAUGAACAGAAAAUAGUCGCCCCUGUACCUCACUACUGCAGUGUGUGGUUCCGUUUCUGUGUAGCCCGGAAGAUGGUCUCGCUUGGCAUUUUCAUCCCACUUCAGGUUUAGUUGCUUGCUGCACAGUCAGGAGGAUAUCAACAACACAUUGCAAUGAUUACAUUGCAGGAACGGAUUUGGCGACUCACUCGGCACUUGGGAGUAAUUGAAGAGAGUUGAAACAUUGAUAAUUGAUAUGGGCCAGCACAUCCUGGUGAACAAUGGCUCAUUAAACGACAAUGCCGCGCAUCUCGGUCCCCACGACAGCGCGUCUGCCGUCGGCGCUGCGCGUCGACUCAUCGAACCCGGCAGUCACUAAGAUCCUCAGUCGCCUCUCACGCUCCUCUCUGCUGUCGGUGGCACUUGACUGGCUCGACGAUAACAACUUCGCUUUGGCCCAACCAUACCUACGCGAGGAUGAGAAUGAUGACGAGGAAGCCGAUGAAACAGACGGCUUCUACCCCCCUGCACGCUCGCCUGAGGCCCUCCGUGACCUCUACAUCUCCCUGCAAGCGCGCAAGGGCUCCAAACGCGAGGUGCUCGACCGCAUCACUGAAGGCGACUGGCGGCAUGGCCUGACUUUAUACCAGCUUGCCAUGGCAGACCUUCAGUACCUCUACGACCACCCGACGUCUCAGAAAUGGUCCGCCUACCGCGUUACGCCACUCAAAGCCCCCACCGAUCCGGACGGCGAGGAACCGCCUCAGAUCGACACCCAAUCCCUCACCAUCCCCCGCUUCCACCCGUCCACCUUCCUCAAAACCCUUCAGGCCCAAGUCCUACCAGACGUCAAAGCCCACUACACGUUCGACCCCCACCAGUCCCUGCCUCUUCUGCUCCUCCGUAUCUUUAUCCUGGACUCGCCCUACAACACCAGUCACGCCUUACAACGGCAACAAACCAACAACAACAACAGCAGCAAAGCACCGCCCGGCACCGCCACGGGCUUCGACGCCUCCCGAACAGUCUAUAUCGCCUUCCCCGACGCCUCGCCACAAGUGUUCAUCUCCAAACCAGAAUCCACCACCCCCGCCGGCGGCGGGGGCGCAGCAGGCGAAUCCAAAUCCCUGCGCAACCUCCUCGUGGAGGGCAUCCCUAAGGCGCUCUCGCGCCCGCUUCAGCGCCAACGCUUCACGCUGCAGUCGACCAACCUUGUGACGCGCAACCUGGCCGAGCUGGUCCAGCGCCGGGGCGGCGGGAGGACGAACUCUGCUGGUGGCGGGUGGAGUAUCUAUGCUGAUGAAUCCGGAAAGAAGAGGGAGACACCGCUUGAUUUGCUGCUGCCUAGUCCGCCGCUUUCUGGGAAAGAGGGUGAUGAGGUUAAUAAUGGUGAUGGGGGGAAGAGAAGGGCUGCUUCUGGCUUGGCCGGGGGGGGGGAGGAGGAGGAGGAAAGGGCUGCGAAACGGGCAAGAUUGGUUGCGCUUGCGCGGUUUGGCGGGACGGCGGUUAUGGGGGAUGGGAAGGGGGUCGAGAGGGUGGAUGUUGUGGUUGAGGAUACGUUUCCUGCGCAGCAGAACGAGCCCGCUCAGACGUGGCGGCCGCAUGUCAGACUCACGUUCCAUGGCCCGCAUGUCUUUGCGGGGAUACGGCAGCUUGUCGAGUGUGGAAUCAUCGACGGCGAGCGGAUGCCGGGGUGGAUGACCGGGGAAGAGGGUGUGACGAUAGGGACCGUGAGGAACGGGAGGAUACGCGGCCACAAGGGAUCUGGGCUGUAA